CCGGCGGCAGAAAUAGGGCAGCCGCGGCGGCGGUGGUACGGCAGCGGCGGUUCACGGAGCUGGAGCCGAGACAGCCUCCUGCGCGUCCGGGACCCGCCGACAGCCGGAGAGACCGACCGAAGGACGCGGGGUCGGGUCGCCGCCACCGCCGCCACAGGCGCUCCCGUCCGACCGCGUCCGGCCACCUGGUCUUCCCUCGGCCGCGGCCACCUCAGACUCCACGAAAUGAAACCGGGACGCUUAUGGCUGCAUCUCGUGCUGCUUGGGGCCUCCCUGCCAGCUGCGCUGGGAUGGAUGGACCCAGGACCCAGCAGAGGCCUGAACAUGGGUGUGGGUGACCCACAGAUGGAGGAGUCCAGAAGCUUUGAAGUCGCAAGAAGAGAAGGACUUUCUGAUGGGCUGCCAGCCUCCUGUGGGAAGAAGUUCUGCAGCCGCGGUAGCAGGUGCAUGCUCAGCAGAGAGACCGGGGAGCCCGAAUGCCGGUGCCUGGAGGCAUGCAGGCCCAGCUACAUGCCCGUGUGUGGCUCCGAUGGGAGGUUUUAUGAGAAUCACUGUGAGCUCCACCGAGCUGCUUGCCUGCUGGAGAGGAAUAUCGUCAUUGUCCACAGCAAGGACUGUUUCCUUAAAGAUGACCCGUGCACCGUGGCCGACUAUGGCCGCCUGAAGAAUGUCCUUCUGGCGCUCCAGGCCCACCGGCGGCCGCUCCCAGACAGGGACAGCAGACAGGACCCCGCCUCCCAGAAGCGCCUGCUGGUGGAAUCUCUGUUCACGGACUUGGAUGCCGAUGGGGACGGCCGCCUCAGCAGCUCUGAGCUGGCGCAGCACGUGCUGAAGGAGCAGGAUCUGGCGGACGACUUCCUGGGGUGCUCACCCGGCGACCUCCUCCAAUUUGAUGACUACAACAGAGAUGGCUCCCUGACCCUCCGCGAGCUCUACACAGCCUUCCAGGUGGUUCAGCUCAGCCUCGCGCCCGAGGAGAGGGUCAGCGUGGCCACAGUGACUGUGGGACUGAGUACCGUGCUGACCUGCGCUAUCCGUGGAGAGCUGCGGCCCCCCAUCGUCUGGAAGCGCAACGGGCUUGCCCUCAACUUCAUGGCCUUGGAAGACAUCAAUGACUUCGGAGAGGACAACUCCCUCUACAUCACCAAGGUGACCACCGUCCACAUGGGCAACUACACGUGCCACGCCUCCGGCCACGAGGAGCUCUUCCAGACCCACGUCCUGCAGGUGAAUGUGCCACCAGUCAUCCGCGUGUAUCCAGAGACGCAGGCACAGGAGCCCGGGGUGGCAGCCAGUCUGAAAUGUCACGCAGAGGGCAUUCCUAUGCCUAGAAUCACUUGGCUGAAAAAUGGCAUGGAUGUCUCAACCCAGAUGUCGAAACAGCUUUCCCUAUUAGCCAAUGGGAGUGAACUGCACAUCGGCAGUGUUCGGUAUGAAGACACAGGGGCGUAUACCUGCAUCGCCAGAAAUGAAGUGGGCGUGGACGAGGAUAUCUCCUCACUUUUCAUUGAAGACUCAGCUAGAAAGACCCUUGCAAACAUUCUGUGGCGAGAGGAAGGCCUCAGCGUGGGGAACAUGUUCUAUGUCUUCUCUGACGAUGGCAUCAUCAUCCUGCACCCCGUGGACUGUGAGAUCCAGAGGCACCUCCGACCCACCGAGAAGAUCUUCAUGAGCUAUGAAGAAAUCUGUCCCCAAGGGGAAGGAAAUGCCACCCAGCCGUGCCAGUGGGCCUCAGCCGUGAACGUCCGGCACCGGUACAUCUACGUGGCUCAGCCAGCACUGAACAGAGUCCUUGUGGUCGACGUGCAAGCCCAGAAAGUUCUACAGUCCAUAGGUGUGGACCCUCUGCCAGCUAAGCUGACCUAUGACAAGUCUCAUGACCAAGUGUGGGUCCUGAGCUGGGGGGAUCUGCACAAGUCCCAACCAAGCCUCCAGGUGAUCACAGAAGCCAGCACUGCCCAGGGCCAGCAUCUUAUCCACACACCGUUCUCAGGAGUGGACGAUUUCUUCAUUCCCCCGACAAACCUCAUCAUCAACCACGUCAGGUUCGGCUUCAUCUUCAACAAGUCCGACGCCGCCAUCCACAAAGUCGAUCUGGAAACACUGGUGCAGCUCAAGACCAUCAGCCUGCGGCGGCACGGCUGUGUGCCCCAGGCCAUGGCCCACACGCACCUGGGCGGCUACUUCUUCGUGCAGUGCCGACAGGACAGCCCCGCGCCCGCCGCCCCCCAGCUGCUGCUCGACAGCGUCACAGACUUGGUGGUCGGCCCCAAUGGCGACGUGAGCGGCAUGCCACACGUGUCCCCCGACGGGCGCUUCGUCGUCAGUGCUGCCCCUACCAGUCCCCAGCUGCACGUGCAGGAGAUCACGCUGCAGGGCCGGAUCCGGACCCUCUACAGCUUGAAAAUCAGCCCGGGCAUCUCAGACGUGGCCUUCCAGCCCUCCUUCACCCAAGGCAACCAGUACUACGUGUACGCCGCAGCCGAGACGGAGCCGGCCCUGCUCUUCCUGGAGCUGUCCACGGGGAAGAUGGGCAUGCUGGAGAACCUAAAGGAGCCGCCCGCGGGGCCGGGCGGGCCGUGGGGAGGGCCCCGCAGGAUCGUGAGGGACAGCGGGCUCUUCGGACAGUACCUGCUCACGCCGGCCCAGGAGUCGCUGUUCCUCAUCAAUGGGAGACAAAACGCACUGCGUUGUGAGGUGGCGGGCAUCAGGCGGGGGACCACGGCCGUGUGGGUGGAUGAGGUAUGAAGGGGUCCUCCCCCCGCACCGAGCAGAGCCCCGGGCCACCAAGCUCCGCCUAGUCCUCACUCCGUAGCCCCAAGCAGGCGCCCUGUACAUUUUUACAGACAAAAGCAAAACCUGUACUCGCUUUGUGGUUCAACACUGGUCUCCUUGCAAGUUUCCUAGUCUAAGGUAUGCGCUGCUAACCAGAUUGGGGUUUUUCGUUGGGAAGUAUGAGUUAUGCCUUGAGCACCGGUGAGAACCCAUGCUGCCGUGUCAAGGAAUCAUUUCUGCGCCCAGCUCCACACCAUGUUACCUGGGGACACCGUGGAACCAAGAGCUCCUGCUGUCCAGGCUUACCUUUCCGUCGGUUGCCUUCAUGUGCUCAUUGUCCCUCACCGCCAGGUCCGGCCAGGCUUCACCCCAACGGAGUGGCCAGAAGCCAGGCCUGCAGACAGGCUCACUGGGAGCAGGGCUUGCACUCCAGGCCUGAGAGCCACGGCCGCCCACCUCCUGGACCUUCUUUUCUCCUGCGCAGCUGCUUCGUGCUUUUCUUUCCAUGUGACUUGGUAUAAGCCUGAGGGAGAGCCGACAAGACUUCUUGCAUCUUGGGGAUGGGGAAAUCACUCACUUUAUUUUGGAAAUUUUGAUUAAAAGAUAAUUUUUUAUAACCUCAAAUGCUCGUAAGCAGAAAGAUGCUCUCCGACGUCCAGCUCUGUUUCUCCCUGCCUUAGGCCAAGUCUCUGAGUGCCCCCACCCCACGUCCCACAGCCAGAAGGAACAAUGGUCAUCCAAGAAUAAUGCCCUCCACACCACGGAAGUCCCACAUGCAGCUCUGGCUACCACCUUGGCCAAGACUUUGUUCUGGAUUGGGACACACAAGACCAGGACAAACCCUGCGUGCCUGCUUUUUACCACUGAAGGGGGAGGUUUUCUUAGCCAGGCCCAGGACCCCAGAUUCAGGGUAGACUGGGCUUGCCAGGCAAAGUGGGGGGUGGUGACCUACUGAACAGUGACCUCCAGGCUCCACACAGUAACCCCAAAGACCCGUGUGGGAUCCAGGUGGGUUCUGUAGGCUAUCUGUUUUUAAAGUCCCUUUCUUUUUCUGUCUGUGGCCCAUGCACUCCAGUCCCUGCUUCAGCACAGCCCAGACAGCACGUUUCAGGACCUCCUUACACAUGGGCCCUUCUCGUCCCAGUAACCCAUGCCACAAAACCCACAAUCCCAAGGAUGCAGGGGCUGGGCAGGAGGAUAGAGGCUGUCAAUGCUGCAUGAUCUCCAAUGUCGCAGACUCUGCCAAGCUAGCGGGGGGCAAGGGGUGCACAAGGAAGUACAACAGCUGGCCCAGGGAAGGGCCCUGUGGGGCAGAAUGUCCCCAGUGAAGAAGCUUCCCCGGGCCCCCCCUUUCUUCCCAUUUCAGUAGUCACAACACACCUGUAUGCUUUCUGGUUUAAGUGAUUGAUUUUCAAGCCACCUGAAGCUGGAAAAGAUCCUCUCACGGUUCCCUCAGCUCACAUAGCCCCCUUCACCUGCCAACAUGGCCGAGCUUUUCCUGUGUGCUGAUUACCAGCCCCUCUCAGGAGAAGAAAGACACACACCCUGCCUUGCUUUACCUACACACAGCUCCCGUUCACACUCCCCUGACUGCCCAGCCCACCCAAACCACUCUGUCCGCCCCAAUUUCCUGAAAUCGGCCCGUCCCUUGGCAUCUCCCAUGCGUCUUGGUUCACCAAACACUUGUCCACUCCAGCUCCCAAGAGUGUGGCCAGAUAUGCCCAUGCAGACUUGAGGGUUUGUUCCUGGUAAAGGAUGGAGCUACAGGUGGAGGGAAUGGCCUUCAAAGGCCGCCUUCUCACUUUCACCAGGGCUGGGACGGACAAUGCCUCUCACCCUUUCUUUUUAUUCCUGUCUCGGUCUCUUGACACCUUCACUUCUAGACUCCCACUUCUAUCGUGGAAAUUCUCCAACUUUCAUAAACUUGUCCCUUUGGGAAAAUCUUCUACACAGUGGUGGCCCCUGGGAGGGGGGAAAAAAAACAGUUGGGAUGAGCACUGGGUGUUAUACGCAACGAACACAUCAUUGAACACUACAUCAAAAACUAAUGACACACUACAUGUUGGCUAGCUGAACAUAAUAAAAAAGUCUCCGAGCCUACCUGAGGAAGAGCCUCCCAGCUGCCAGGCCAGAGCGGCAGCCCCUCUGGGUCACGGGGCUCCUAAGUCAAAGACCAUUCAAUCCCAAUGGCCCUUUUGCACCAGGAGUGACUCCAGCCACCAAUCCUUGGCCCCAAUCCUUCUGUCUCUAGGUGUGUCUGAGAAAGUAUCUCUGCCUCACGCUGACUCAUCGUGUUUACUGGAGCCCCCGGCUCAGGCUUCAAGGCACGCACUCCACAUAGGACAGCCGCCAAGCAGAGCGCACAAAGGCCACAGAGUAGCUGCCUUCUCAGCUGGGCAACCAACAGAACUGCUGGGGGGCAGGGGGAGGCAGGGGAAAGGCAGGCCAGGCUGCCCCUGGCCCUUUCCAGCCCCAGAAGUGGCUCCCUGGGACACAGCUGGAAAGUCAGAGACGGUAAGCCUUGCAGCCAGCCCAGCCAGGGAUCCUUCUGCCGAACACCCAAGUUCAGCUGACAACAACUAUUUCACACUAAAGAAGCAUUCAUCUUACAUUUAAAAAGCUGCUUUCAUAAUGAACUACUUCAAAAUUAUUCAAUUUUGAAAUAAAACUGAUUUCACAAAAAUUCA